AAUUUAGGCAGCAGCAGCAGUAGCAGCAACCGUCUCCCUUGUUUCUCUCUGUUUUGUCUCUUUCAUCCCUUCUCUCUCCUCACUCCUCACUCACUCGCCCCUCAAAAAAUCCUCGCUUUUCUCCUCCACCUUCCCUUUUCCUUUCAUCCUUUUCCCAUCAAGAAUCUCUAAACCCACAAAGAAACCUUUCACUCCCCACCCUUUUUCUCUGCUAGGGUUUUCAUUUUCAGGCAAUGCCGACCUCCUCGCUCCGUUUCUGAGCUACUCCCAUUUUGCCAAAAUGCCGUUGAAAAUGGGGAAAAAUGCUGUUAUGCUGCUUUUCACUCUUGUGCUCCUCUUUGGCGGCGUGUGCUGCAUUUCUGCUCCUUCCUCACCUGCCAGAAUUGUUAAUGGAGUUUUCUCGAACGCAUUUUCGAUGCUGAUGAAAUGGGUUCUAUCGCUCAAGGCCACAACUAAGACUGCCAUUUCGGGGCGUCCGAUGAUGAAGUUCGAGGGCGGCUACAAUGUGGAGACCGUGUUUGACGGCAGCAAGCUCGGAAUUGAGCCCUACGCCGUCGAAGUCUUGCCAGAUGGCGACCUCCUCAUUUUGGAUUCCGCCAACAGUAAUCUCUACAAGAUUGCUUCAUCCUUGUCAUUGUACAGCAGGCCGAGGCUGGUUUCAGGGUCGGGAGACGGAUACUAUGGACAUGUGGAUGGGAAACUGAGGGAAGCAAGAAUGAAUCAUCCGAAGGGGCUUACCGUUGAUGACAGAGGAAAUAUUUACAUUGCUGACACGGAUAAUAUGGCAAUCCGGAAGAUAAGUGAUACAGGGGUCACAACAAUCGCAGGGGGAAAACGAGUUCGUGGAGGUGGACACUUGGAUGGACCAAGUGAAGAUGCAAAGUUUUCAAAUGAUUUUGAUGUGGUGUAUCUUGGAAGUAGCUGCUCCCUCCUUGUUAUUGAUCGUGGAAACAAGGCAAUUAGGGAGAUUCAACUCAAUUUUGAUGACUGUGCUUAUCAGUAUGGAAGUGGCUUCCCCCUAGGAAUUGCUGUGCUUGUAGCAGCUGGUUUCUUUGGUUACAUGCUGGCUUUGCUUCAACGCAGGGUUGGCUUGAUUGUAUCUUCUGAAAAUGAUCAGGAAGCCAUGAAUGAGAGUUUUCCUCAAAGUCAAUAUCAGAAGCCAUUAAAAUCGAUGGUGAGGCCACCACUAAUUCCAUCUGAAGAUGAGCAGGAAAAGCAAGAAGAAAGCUUUUUGGGGUCUUUGGGGAGGCUGGUGGCGCAAACCGGAGAAUCUGCUGCAGAGAUUCUUGGAGGAGUGUUUCCCAUGUUCAAGAAGAAACAACCGAACCCUCAAUAUCAGAUCCAACAUCCUUACCAACAGCAGCUCAAGUAUUCAAAUGCUUGGCCUGUGCAGGAGAGCUACGUUAUACCACAUGAAGACGAGCCCCCCUCCAUUGAAACCAGAGCUCCCACUCCUAAGAAGACGUAUGCCUUUAUGACAAAGGACUCUGAGAAAAUGCAGCAGCUUAGGCAAAGCCGGGCCUUCUAUUCGGGAUGGGAUGGCGAUAUUCAGAAACAGCAGCAGCAAACCAAGAAACAGCAACAUCAUCAUCAGUAUCGCGCAUCACCAGCUCAGACCUACUAUGAGCAAAGCCGUGAGACGACAAAUGAGAUAGUUUUUGGAGCCGUACAAGAGCAAGACAAAAGGAGAGAAACUGUGGUGAUCAAGCCCCUAGACCAUGGUGUUCCUCUUUACGAUCAUCAAAACAUUCGGUCUCGACCCGGCUACAAUCAUGGACGUUGAUCACUUUUGCACACAGCUGUUGUUUGAUUUGAUCAAAUUCAAGAUUACUUGCCAAUGGGAGCCAAUUGAGAGGUUUGAGGUAUAGCUAGAUGCAAGAUUACAGUAUUAGUACAUCUUCUUUGAGAGUGGAAUCUGUUUAUUGAAGUAGGAUAGCGCAAAGUUUACCAAUUGCUAUUUCUGUUGUAGCGAAGUUAAUUUAAAUUUUCUUCUCAGUAACUAAAAUUUACUUUAUUUAUUAAGCAAACAACCACCACUUGGAAGAAA